GAUAGAUACGCGAGUGGUUCACAGGGGAGCUUCAAACAACCUGUCCUUCAACUUGUAGAGUCCGGUGCUCCCUUUUUCGUGUUUACACCCCUCUUCCACUGUAUCUUCUGUGUUUUAGAGCCGGGACCUUGAGUCGCCACUUAAGAAGCGUGUGGCGCUUUAGCACUCGUCAGUCGUCUUGUAUUCCGUCUACCUUGACAGGCUGAACAGCCGAAAAAGACCUUCGUCGAAUAAUAUGGGCUGGCCGAACGCAGGCACGUGCGUGGUGCUAGCUGUGCUGGUAACUGCCAUCAUUGCUGCGAAUCGCCGAGAACCAACGGACGCAUUUCGGAUGAUCGCUGCUUUCCCUCGACCCGUGAGCAUCUCGACGUCGACCAACGACUCGUCCUUCAAGUGCCUGAGUGCCAUUCGAACCAACUUUGAUUUACGAGCGAAGAAGGCCACCUACGUUUGGCGCCUCAGAGGCGACGACGGCAGAGUGAAGAAGAAUGUAAGCUUUGAUAUCGAGGAGGGAAAUGCCAUUGACCAGGUCACGUACUUUGUUGACAAUGAUCGCACUCGGCCCUUCACAGCCUACUACAACUAUACAGACUACAAGAACUGCAUGAUCGUAAUUAUUCCCUACAACGACCACGAUCAUUGUAUGAUGUGGGUGAAACGCGCGAUCGCUCAUUCAGUUCCUCAGCACUGCCUGGACAGGUACGAAGAGAAUUGUGACGUCAGAGUGCCAACAUUCGAUCACGACCUCUGUAAGGACGACUAAAUAAAGUCGCGACAUUUCA